AUGUCGGACGCUGCGGCUCCAAAGCUCAAGAACAUAAGUUCAUGGAAAUUGAACAAAGCAGAAGAAGAACAGUUGAAAACCCGUGUGGCAAACGGGGAAGAGGAGCUGACUGUCAAAAGGGCCCUCCAGAAGUUGAAAGCGGAAGCGGCUUUGUCGAGAAAGACUGCCGCUAACGCGGUUGCUCAGAAAUCUGCUCGGCAAAGUCAAGGGAGCGCAAAGGCCAAAGCAAAGGCCCCUGUGCCUUCCCAGGGAGACUCUGUGUCAGAUGCUGAAUUGAACGACGCGACGAACAAGCAUUACUACGCUCUGGUCCAGCAGGACCUCGCAACGAUCUUUGAACAUUUUGGACCGCAGUUGGCAACCGAAUUUUGUUUGCCGAUUGGCUGCGGCCAAGAGAGCGGUGUCCAGGAUGUAUAUGAUCGUCAAAAGGGGAUUACAUCCCUGAAGCAGCACUCUGUCUACAGAUGCAGCGUGUCUGCAUUCUGGAUCAACGCUUUGAGCAGUGCGACCCCAGGGGUCCCCAUGAGCCGGAAGAGAGUUGAAGAUCUGAGCGCUUUUCAUUUUCCAGGUGCGCAGCCAAAAUUCAUGACGGAUCGCAUGAUUGAAAUCGCAUGUUCAGAGGCGGAUCUGACAGAUGAGCCUCGGAAUUUGCAGAUGAUCAGCCCAGAAGAACUUUUGCACAGCCUUUUGCACGCCUGUGCUUCGGCUAUCAAGCUCUCAUCAGCAUUGGAUAGCGCAGUGUGGGCCGAGCUGAGAAGCAAAUGGAAAUCUGUGUUGCUGAGCGUCCCGGCAAGUUUCAAUGAGAUUCAGCAGAGCGACUUGUGGAAAACAGCUUGGAACAAGCGGCAGGCCGUGGUCCAACAACACGAAUCCCUCUCUAGGACAGCCUUGCAAAGUGCCAUGGAAGUGGCCCAGCUGAAGGCGCUGAUUGAAUCUGGUAGCAGCUCGAAGCUAACACCUAGCCAGCUCUCUUCGGCUUUGUUGGCUGCAGGUCUUCAGCAGGUGGUGAGUGGGUCCGCGAAAGCCAAAAAGGAUGAUGAAGAAUGUGGAACAUUAUCCGCAAAUUUCAUCAGCGGUGCCUUGAGUGUACAAAGAGUCGUGCUGAGUUCUCCCCGCUGUGUUGAACUCUUGCUUGAUAUGGAAGCCUCCUUCGGGACACAGAGCCCUUUUCACAUGAUGUCCAAAUUGGCUUGCUUGGCAACGAAGCCUACCUCGGCGAAGACGCGGGAGUGGGUCUUGUCCUGUGUGCAUGAUUUUGUGAUGCACGGGGACAUGUCCCCUUCAGAGAUCACCAAGGGAAGCUUGAUGGGCACCAAGCACCACGUGGGCAUUAUCCAGCUGUGCGAAUGCAAGUUGAAGGUUUCUGGCUUGCAAUACCGGGAGGGAUGGAAGUCGGGCGGGCCUGCGGGCCGAACAAGCCUGUGGGCUUUGACUGAGUUCAUGGCGACGAACAGCAAGGAGCUCGGCAAGGAGAAAUCCCGCAGUCGUUCGCGACCCGAGUCCAGCGACAGCGGCAGGUCGGAGUCAGCUGACAAGAAGGCGGCACGACGUUCCGAGCGGCCGGCCUCGCCGGCAGGAGGACCUGAGCCUGCCCCUCCGAACAAUGAAAAUGAGUUCAAGAAUGACGAGGAGGACGAGCCUGACACGAUUGAGUGCUCAGUGUGCAAGGGCACGAUCCGUGGUGGAAAAGUUGGCAUGCGCAUGCAUAUCCAAAAUUCCGCUAAGCACCGUCAGUACUUGAUUUGGAACCGUGGUGGGAUCCACUGGAAUGAUGCCGGGCUAAGGGCAAAGAAGGAGUUGAAGAAGGAGUGGAAAGAAAAGAAACCUCUUGCCCCUGCGGCGCCCAUUCAUUUGAAAGAGGGUCGUGCUGCCCCGCGGGGCGACCGUGCGCGGUCCAAGGGAAGUCGUCGUGAGCUGAAAGAGGCUGAUGCUGCCCUGCGGGGUGACCGCGCGCGGUCCAAUGCACGUCAUCGUGAGCGCUCACGUGGUCGUCGUGGGAGCCGCGAACGCGCUCGUGACAAGCGCGUGCGCGAGCACCCUGACCGCCGGGAGCAUGAGCACCGCGGGCAGUCCCGUGCUGCUGAGCCUGGGCCAAGCCGCCCACGACCGGAGGCUCCUGAGGCGCCUGAGUCUGCGGGGCGCCGCAAUGAUAAUGACGGCAAGGAUUCCCCAGGUAGCUCCGGCUACUCGUACUACACCUCUGAUGAAGAGGAUAAGGAUGAGAAGCCGCAGCAGCCCAAAGUCCCAGCGGCCAAACCAAAGGUUGCGGCAGCCAAGAUCGAUCCGCCGCCCACAGCCCAAAAAAAAAAGGACUCGUCCGCAAGUUCGGGACAGACGUACACAAGUUCGGGAGAGGCGGACACAAGAAUGACUGCCAUGGCGGACUGGUUCCAAGCCCAGGUUUUGGAGCACCUCUUUGAGCAGUAUCUUCCGAAAUCUGGAGUGGUCGAAAGCGACCGGAUGCUUCUCAAAGAGGUCCUGAUGAGCCAUUCAGAGUAUCGUGCUCAUUCUGGGAGUCAGGACUUGUGCUGGAAAGCUCGCUUGCACAAGUCUGGCAUCGAGGUCUUUUCCUUGGUGGAGGCAUUGGUCUAUGACAAAAAGUACGACAACUUCAUUCGCUCCUCCUGUCGACACGGAGGCAGCGCAGAAGCUGUUUUGGAGAGUGAAACCAUUGCCCAGGAGCUCAAAAAAAUUCAAGACACAUUGGCCAACGAAGAAGCUGAGCGCAAAGUUGCCGCAGGCAUUGUGGAAGACAGUGAGCCAGAAGAUGCCGAACUGGCUGACUCUGCGGAGCUUUUGAACAUGAGAAAGGCGCCCACGACCUUUACUCAAGGAAGCAACGCCUACUGGCGCGCAGUUGCCAACCAGGUGACUCGGACCUACUGCUCCAUCCAGGUGGAGCCGAAGUCAUUGGAUGGAGUGGCGUCGGCUGUGCAGCAAAGCACGGCCAAGGACAUCCGAGGAGUGGUGGGUGAGAAUUCCGUUCUAAUCCAUCUGGACGUGGACCUGCUCCGUGAAACCAUUGGCCCAAACUGUCAAGAGUCGCUCCGCAAAAAAUUCCAGCCCGACAUUGGUUUAAUGCGUAAACUAGUGCAGGGUGCCCUCCUGGGGCGAGGUGCGCAGCGUCGCACAGAAGAGGGGGAGGCCACCAAUGUUCCCGAGGGAGAUGUGGUGGCCCUCCACGCAGGGAUGGACAGGGCAGGGGCUAUGUGCCAGAGUGUCUUCCGCUUGGCAACCGCCAAGAAGGACGACAUGGAUGCUGAAAUCAAGCAGCUGCUCGUCACGUAUGACGAUGACUCGAUGCGAAGCAGGAAGAAGCGUUCCAGAGGCUCAUACUCGACCUAUUCCACAUAUCACCUUGCUUCACAUCAUUGCUUGACCCAAGCAAUUCCGGAAAAGCAAUACCAACAUCACAAGGGCUAUUGCACCAGCGAUGUCUUUGGGCCCGUCAAGGCAAUGCAAGCCUCAGAACUGUGGCACGCGAGCAGGACUGAAAAGGUCGACUUGCUCAGCCCAGACCGCGCAGUGGAGGUUACUGAGGUAGCCCAGGCCAAGAAGGAAGCCAAGUUGGAAGAGUGCGGCACCAAGCAGCAGGAAGACUCCGAAUCGAUCUUCUCUGCCGCCCUUCUUCCGGUCAGCUUCUAUUCCGACCUUAUCAAGGGACAUUCGAUAGAUCUUUCUGUCGGCCAGGCAAGCCUGGCGAAAGCCUCUGUGCUGGAAAGAACACCUUACUGGGGGCUAGCGCUGUCUGAACGGCACGCUCGCAAGGUUGAAGUGGUGUUGACUGACUUCGUGUUGAGUGAAAUGAAAAAAGAGGGGUCUUCGCACUACAGACCAGAAUGUGUAGCCGAACCUCGCACCGAAGAGACCAAAACGCCCACUCCCAAGCCUGCGCCGAAGAAGAGGUCAAAGCCGAAAACUGGCCAGCAAGCUGGCGCGAGUGAGGGCACCGUUGAAAGGGAGGGCGAAGAGCCAGCUCCGAAAAAGCCACGCAAAACGACGAAAGACAAAAACGAAGACGAAGAUGGCGGAGAGAAGAGCGACGCAUCUUCUUUGCCAUGGUAA